AUGGAGCCGCCUGAGGUUGAAGCCCGGAUGGAGGGCAUUGGCGAAAGCCUGUCGCAGGUGGUCACUGCCUCACAGAUGGCAACGCCGCCGCCAUCCGGCGGCGAGUACUGGUUGCUGGGAGUCGGCCUCGCCGUUGCUGGCACCCUGGUGGGUACGGUCGGCAAGCAGAUGAUUCGCCGCGCGGAGAUGUACAAACAGGACAAGCAAGACCGCGAAAGCGCCAUCUUGUUCUAUGUGGGUCUGAUGCUGCAGGUGGCCUUGAACCCACUCUGCGACAUGGCCGGCUAUGCUUUGGCGCCGGCCACAGUGAUUGCGCCGGUGACGGGAAUGGACAUCGUCUGGAACACGGUGAUCGCUCCGUGCUCUCUGGGUGAGAAGCUGACCUCGCGGAGGCUGCUCAGCACCUGCAUGAUCUUCUUCGCGGCAACCGCUUCGGUGCUUUUCAGGCCGAUCAAGCAGGUCGAGUGGACGACCGAGUAUGUGGAGACAGUGUUGCUACAGAACCGCACCCUCUUCUAUGGCCUUUGCUUUUUAGCUUGGUUUUUGUGGAACGUGACAAUCCAAACGCGCUACGAACGGGGGUCUCCAAUCCGGGGCUUCUCGCUCGGAGCGACCGCAGGCUCCCUCGCUGGUAACAUGUGGUGCACGAAGAUCACAGCAACACUGGCAGGACAAUGCGUCGAAGGGAACUGUGAUGCCUGGGACCAUUGGGUCUCCUGGGUGUGUCUCGCUGGAGCCAUUUUCUUUUCUACCAGCAACCUCUAUUACAUUUCAAGAGGCAUGCAGCAGCACGAGGCUUUGUUCAUGGUGACGGUGUACAUGGGCUCGAACAUCGCCACCAACAGCUUGAGCGCCAUCGUGGUGCUAUCAGAGAUGGACAACGCUCCGUGGUGGAAGUUCGCGGGUUAUAUCGCCUGCAUUCUCUUCAUGAUGGUGGGCAUGGUUUUGCUCACCUCCGGCGAGAAG